CUGCUGAGCCAGAUUUUAAUGACUGUAAAUGUUAUAAUUUUUCCUAUUCAAUAGUAUCUGUGUACACAUCAGAUGACUUUUACCACGAAGACGAUGCAUUUAGCGAAUAUUUCUGAAGCAUGUAUCGAAACAGUAUCCGAUUCUAUUGAGUAGUAUCGUCUCUACUACAACAGCACUACUUAAGGUAGUUCGACCUCAUGUGGUGGAGUCUUAUUGUCGUCGAUGUUGUCUUCAGGAGGUACAAGGCGUAAGCAGCUCUACAAAACUCGUGGCCCUUUAACUGACAUCUUGGCCAUCAAUGGAUUAUUUCCCGAAGAAAACAGACGUGAAGUUGAACAAGAUAUCGCCAACCAAAAAUAUGUCUAUUGGAGAUUGAAAGAAAUCAAAGAAGAGUUGAUGGAUCCCAAAUUUCACCGAAUUUUGAAGCGUUUCUCAACUCUGUUUCGUACCCCUGAGAAUAUUAUUUUUCGAUGGUUCUUUUUCUGCAAAUUCACUAGAAGAAGUCAGAUGGAUCGAAUUACUAAGCUUGCAAGGCUUAACAAGAAUGAAAAACUAACAGAUGGUUUCGUUUCAAUCUACGAACAUCGAUCCAUUACAAAAUAUAACAAAAAUGAACUUAUGGAAAAGAUUGCGGGAACUGAGAGAAACUACGGCGGCAAGGAUAGUUGUUUAUUCGAAAAACUCAAACGAGAUCUGAAACUUAUACAUUCGGAUGAAAUUCAAGUAAUUAAAGAUGAACUUAUAACAGAACUCAUAGAUCUGAAACCGGCUUUGGCAGUUGAAUUACGCGCUAUCAGACCGCUUGAUGCCAGCAAAUUUAGAACAAAAAUUUCUAUCCCUAAAUUAGCUGCUGAAGACGAAGACAUUUUUACCCAGCCAUAUACUUUCGGUUUCUUCUGGAAUAAAAGUCGUUUCCAUAAACCGCUUCCAUUCCACAUUAGGAAGUUAGAGCCACUUGACAUUGAAUCUUUACCGUAAAGGAAUUGAUAACUUAAACAGUACAGUGCUUUAUGGUUAUUUUUCGAGAAUCUGGUUCAUAUGAAACAGUAAGACCUUGGAAACAUUCAGAGAUACGAAAUCAACAGAAUUCUCAGCCCAAGUAUCAGUGACGUCCAGAAACAGUUUAAUAUAGUGAAGAAAUAUCUGAUGAUGAAGAAGAAGAAGAGCAUAAAGCAGACACAGCAGAGAUGACAAUGAAAGUAAUAACUAUAACUGAAACAAUACUGA